AUGACGACUACACUAAUAGGUCUCCCAAAAACUCUCACAUCACCCCUCCUCACAGCCUUAACUCUUGCCCCCCUCAUCACCUCCACCGCAUCCCUCACCCACGCCUACAUGGAAUACCUAACCACCAGCGCCUUCCUCAACCCGCCACCCCUCUCCUCCAGACUCAGCAAAGCAAUCCUCGCCUCUCCCUCCCCCUUCCCAUCCCCACCCACAGAUCCCGACCCUGAAACCCACCUUCAUGAGAAAGAAGACGCCACGAACCAGCUAAAAGAAGCAAACCAACUCGCAAUUCCAGCCUGGUUCACCACAUUCUUCCACACAGGCAUCUAUUCUGUCAUGGGACUAAACACGCUUACUUUAUCUUUCUCACUCGCGAAUAUCUACCUCCUUCAUCCUUCUUUUACAACGCGAGGAAGCGUGGCGAGGCGCUGGUACCAAAUCGGCGCGUUGGCGACGGUAGCGCAUUAUGCGUUUGUGCCGCUUGUGGGGAGGAGCGUGAAGGCUUUGGUGGGGUUGUGUGAUCGGGGGGAGGGAGAGGGGAGGGCAGAGGAGUGGUUGGGGGAGUGGAGGGGGUGGCAUGGGGUUAGGAUGGGGAGUGUAGAUUUGGUUGGUUGGGGGUGUUUUGUUGUUGGGGUGGUGGAGGCGGUGGGUAUGAGGGUGGCAGGGUGA